AUGUAAGAACUCAUCAAAUAAACUAAACUUAAGAUUACUUUGAAUUCAAUUUAAACUUCUGAUUACUAAAAAAUUAUUCAAGAAAUAGAACCAGAAAAAGAAUUAUUACAUUAAAAUAUAAUCGUUACUUUUAAUUCAAUUCAAACCAAGGAAAUUGAACUAAUCAACUUAAUAAAAAGAUUAGGAUUUCUUCUUUAUACUUAAGUCAACUAAAUAACUUUAUAAUUUUGUUUGUGGUUUACUUUUUAUUGCUGCAAAUAUAAAUAAAAUUAUAUCAACAGAUUAUUCAUUCUUAUUGACAAGGGUAUGAGUCCAAAAAUUAAAGUGUAUUUUUUAAGAAUUAUAGAUCAAUGUUUAAAUACUCUUUAAUAUAUAAUAUUAUUCUAUAAAAAAGAUAAUAAUUGUAUUUUAACAUCAAAGAAGCUAUGA